CUUAUUAUUUUUAACAUUAUUUAUGUUAUUAUAAUGCUUAAAUUGUAAUAUUUUCGUUUAAAAUUUCUUGAGUAUUCAAUUUUUUAAUUAAUUUUUCACAACAAAAUAAGUAUGUCUGGUGAAUUUUAUCUGCGUUAUUACAUUGGUCAUAAAGGAAAAUUUGGUCAUGAAUUUUUAGAAUUUGAAUUCCGACCUGAUGGAAAACUUCGUUAUGCUAAUAACUCAAAUUAUAAAAAUGAUACCAUGAUCCGUAAGGAAGUUUUUGUUCAUCAACCUGUUAUUGAAGAACUUAAGCGUAUUGUAUCAGACUCUGAAAUAAUGCAUGAAGAUGAUGCUUUAUGGCCACCUCCAGAUCGAGUAGGCAGACAAGAAUUGGAAAUUGUGAUUGAUGAUGAACACAUUUCAUUUACUACAUCUAAAACUGGUUCUUUAUUAGAUGUGAAUACGUCAAAGGAUCCAGAAGGACUAAGAACAUUUUAUUAUCUUGUUCAAGAUCUAAAAUGUUUUGUUUUUUCCUUAAUAUCAUUACAUUUUAAGAUAAAACCAAUAUCAUAAUUAGUUUAUUUUAAAUUUAAUGUAAAUAAAUAUGCAUUUUGGUUUAAAAUUAUUAAUAUCAGAAAAAAUGACAUUAAUAAAUUAUAAAAAAUUUAUCCAAUGUAAACAGUUUUUAUAUUAAACAAUUUUAAAAUUAAAGUUAUGAAUAGAAUUAUUUUCUAUAAAAAUUAAACAAAUUUGAAUUAAUAUUUUUUAUGACCUUAAGAAUAAGUUUUUUACAAUUAUCAGUGUGUAGUUUUUAAAUUAUUUUAAAAAUUCCUAAAGAAACAAAUUUACUAUAAACAAUAAUACUUAAAAAUAAAUUAGUUUGAUCUUUAAGUUUUAGUACAUUGAAAUGAUUUUCAUUUAUAUUGAAUGUUUAUAGAAGAAUUAACUUUUUAUUAUACGGUAUUUGUAUGGAAAAAUAUAAAUGAUAAUUUUAGUACUUCCUAUAAAAUAUUAGAAUUUAAUUUUACAUGUUAAACCAUAUAUAUUACUUUGUUUUACACUUAUAAUAAUAUAAAUUUUAAUUUGUUUUGUACAAAAUGUCCAUGUAUAAGUUUGAAAAAA